AUGAAAUAUCCAAGCAUAUCAUUAAGUUGGAAGCAUGAGGAAACGCUACAGCUUUUCGAACUUAUGGAAGCGGAAGAUGACUGGCUUGUACGCAGCAAAAGACUUACGGAAAGCUUUGGAGAUGAAAGACCGGCUGGUUUUUUUACCGAAAAAUUAUGUAAAGAUGAGUUUGAACGUGUCAUGUCAAGUGGCCAUCCGGAACAUUUCUUACGAAAGCCAGGUGAAAAGUAUUCUCGAAAAGAACUCAUUCAUGCUUGGACGUUAAAAAUUAAGAAAGCGCAGGAGGAAGAGCUGCUUUUGGUGAAAUUACGUCAAAAAGCAGACCUUUUUAAUCGUUUAUUCUCAGCUGAUAGUGAUUUAACAGACAAGGAAAUAGAAAAAUUGCUGGAGGAAGCUCGUGAAGAAGAUAGUAUGCGUGAUCAAGAAGUUGUCCGAAAAGAAAUUGAAAUUGGUACAAAGAAUUUGAAAGAAUAUCUAACUCUUCACGAAACAAAUCCAAUUAAAUAUCCACAGCUGAAGAUCAUCAUACCACCGUCUCAUCCGCCCCCAUCAUCCGCCAAUGAGGCACCAUUUUCUCCAAUUAAGCCUCUUUUCGAAGGCCUUUCCUUUCAACCACAGAUUACUUCGCAAACAAAAGCAUCGCCUGUUGCAAAUAUCACUUCUGGAUCCUCCUUAUCCAGGAAAGUCAGCAGUCCGCAACGUCAAGGUGCUACGUUGGAAACGUUGAUUAGCGAAACAAAAAGUGUCGGAAAACUAUUGUCUGCUCAGGGAAGAUUACGGACACUCUCAGUUAGCUCACGAACACAAGGAUCAGUCGGAAAUAGUGCAUUAUCGAGUGAAGCUGAAGCCGCCGCUGAAAAUUUAAUAUUGCAAUCGGAAUCGAGUGAGUUGGUGCUAGUUGGUCCUUCGAAAAAUAGUGCUAAUGAAAUUCAGAUUAAGGCGUCCGGAACUUCGGAUGAGGCUAAACUACUUAAUGUUGCUGUUAAAAAUGAGAUGGAAGAAGGACCCAGUUCAGCGGUGGAGGAGAUAGUUGAAAAGAAAGAAACAAUGAAAACAAGACGGACUCAAAAAAUUGUUACACGAUCGGGUGGUUCAGGUAACAUGGAUAAUGAAAUAACAUCACCAGUGCAACGUGAGCAUUCUUUAAGAAAUCGUCGUUUUUCUGUUACUUCUGCUGGUCCUAUAAAAAAUACGAAGAUGUCUAGUUUUAUCAACAAGGAGGAAAAAAAUGUUGCAGAAGAGGAGGAAGAAGGAAAAUUAAGACGAUCAGAAAGAUGUCAUUCUAAGAUUGAUGUUGAGGCUAGUACAUCUGCAACGCAUAUACAAACAGGAAGGCGAAAACGGUCCGCAAAAUUGGAGAUUGUUGGUAAUAAUGAAGAAGAAGUCAAGGCAUCGCCUGCCAAACGUCGGCGAUUGUCCAGCAGAGAUGUUGAAAAUGCUGACAAAAAAGAUAUCAAGCAUCGAAUCGAAAGCAAUAUUGAAUUGCAGUCCAGUCCGGAGCCUGAAAAAGAAGAGAAACAUAUUGUGGAGGGAGAAUCUGAUGACGAUAAAAAACUCGUUGAUUUACGCACACGAAGUCGUGCUUCGAAAGUUGUUGUUACCAAUGAGAAAGCGAAAGAAAAACUAGGAACAUCUUCGGAAAUUUCUUCAGUCCGAUCGCCGAAAAGAAGUGCAGUCGUAACACGUUCAAGCCGUCGACAAACAAGAGUAUGGUUUUUAUGUUCACAUCUCAUCAAAUUGCAUUAUGUUGUAUGCAUUGAACUUCUGAUCUUUUUUAAAACAACACAGAAACGCGUAAUGCGAUCACUAUAUGAUCUUAAUGAAGUUCGUGUGUUCAAGGGUGGUUCGGCUGAUGGUGAUGUGGAACAGAAAGCUCUUAUGGUUACUGCGUGGCGUAUGGUAUCCAGUCAUCGGCAUGCUGCCAUUUUUGCUCAUCCUGUAUCUGACCGAGAUGCUCGAGGAUACUCAAAAACUGUUAAAAGUCGUAUGGAUUUGAGCACGCUAAAGAAACAGCUAGAUGGUGGUAAUUUAUCGGGAAUGAAUGACUUCAAACGAAAUGUAUUGCUGAUGUUUGCGAAUGCUGUAAUGUUCAACAGUACAGGUCACGAUGUAAACCAUUAUGCGAAAGAGAUGGCUGUUGAUACCCUGAGUUCACUUAAGAUGCUUCAGAAAGAUGUGUUAUUUGUUCGAGGUACUACACAUAUGACCCGUAGAAGUGCUGCUUUUGCGGCAGAAGAGGCCAAAUUUGAGCGUUCAAGAUUUUCAAGUCCACGUGUUACUCCUGUGAAUUCGGAGGAGCCAGGUAAAGAGAAAACAUCUGACAAUAAUUCACGAGAAACUAGUGAGACUCCGAAAGCUCUGCGCAGCGGAAGAGCCUCUAAAGAAUGA